AUGAAGGAUUUUAACCCAUUAUUAUCAUUUACAGUGUUGUCGCAAUGCAGAAUUCUUCGAUGCAACUCUGAAUAUCUUUUUGCCACAAAUCACCUUGACGAUUCUUUGAAUGAGGAUUAUUGUAUUGCCUUACGAUCUUACUCACUCUGUACCCAACGAAGUGCUUGGUUCUGCCGUGGUGACCUGGUAUACCAUUCUGCUGUGCAAGGAAUUGAGGACUUAAUGAUUCAGCAUAAUUGCUCCAAGGAAGGGGCAGUUUCACUACCUCGUCCCCGUGUCCCAGCAGAAAAUCAGGAGAAUUUACACCUGCCAGACACCUGCAAAUAUGAAAAGAGCUUUUACUUUAAACAACACCAGAAACCAACUUAUCUGCACUGUGAUGUCUUUGGGAAUCUCCACAUCAGGACGUUUUACAAUGAUUUUCACACAUGCCGAGUUCAGGGUGCAUGGCCAGUGAUCGACAAUAAUUACCUCUCUGUGCAAAUGACUAAUGUGCCUAUCUCAGCACAUCAGAAUAUAUCAACAAUCAGAAAGGUUACUGCUAUUUUCAAGAAUUCCAAGGAAUGCAUUGACCAGAAAGUGUAUCAAGCUGAAAUUGACAAUAUUCCAGCUGCAUUUGUAGAUGGAUCUGUAAAUGGUGGUGAUAGAAAUGGGGCCAACAGUCUUGUGAUCAAAGAAAAGUCUGAUGCUGGCCAUGUGGAAAUCCAGGCGAGUUACAUUGGUACAACUCUGUUAGUGCGCCAGGUGGGGCAGCAUCUGGGCUUUGCUAUCCUCAUGCCUGAAGAAGUAGCAAGCUCACAUACAGAGGAGCAGGAUCAGCAGCUCUGUGUAUCAGGCUGUCCUUUCACAGAAAGACUUCCCUUGAACUCCCCCAUUGACAAUGAAGAAGAGGCCAAAGCCAAAUGCAAAGAGAAACUGCAGGUGGAAGACAUCUAUUUUGAAUGUUGUGUCUUUGAUAUCCUGGUGACUGGUAAUCCCAAUGCGUCAUUAGCAACAUUCAGAGCUGUGGAAGAUGCCAAACUUUUGCACCCUGAUAAGGAGACAUUUCAUGCUUUUAGGAACAGUGUGGCUGGCAGGCCGACUGUCUGCUGCAUGUUUCUUUUGGCUUCUGUACUAUGGAUAGUGUUUCUGCACUAUGGAUAG